AUGGAUACUGUAGGAGCUAUGAAGGCUGUUGUAGGAGCUGUUGGAUCUAAUAUCGUUAGUUCAGCUAAAGAUGCUACGAAACAUGUAGUUGAUAAGUUUCGUCAAAAGACAGGAAUAGCUUUAAAUACAGAAAAAAGUUAUCACAAAGAUUCGAAUGAUGGAAUACAACCAUUUUUAAGUGAAGCUGAUGAUUUGGAAAGCUCCAAACAACAAUACAAGGAAGAAAAUGAGUCUUUAUAUGAGAAUGAAUCAAAGAAACUUGAGAAAAAUGAAGACUUAAUAUUUGAUUUUAGAGAUAGAGUAGUUUCUGAGCAGGAAUUUAAUAAACUUUCUCGGCUGUUAAGUAGGAAUAUAACACUUGCAAAUAGACUAAAUACAUCAUUAGAAAAACAGAUUUGGCUAACUCCUCGACGAUUUAGAACUACAAUAAGAUCUGUUCAGAUAGAUAAUUUAACUGAAAAUAUCUUUGAAAAUAUUUUUUUGGAAUUUCAAUUUGGUGGAACAUUAACUGAAGUUAGAUUAAUAGAUACAGAAAAAAAUACUGAAGUACCAAGAUUAUUAGGUUAUCCUCCUUGCUAUCAAUUUUAUACACAUUCAGUCAAUAUUAAACCUACUAGAGUUCAUAAUUUAGAGAUAGAAGAAGAUGAUAUUAUUGGGAAUAAUUCUGUAGAUAUUGGUGUAAAUGAAACAUUUGAAUGGCGUGGGAGUUAUAUACAUUUAGAAAGGGAGUUAUUUCGUAUUAUAGCUUGGAAAAAUCAUUCAAUGACAGUCAAUGAGCUAUUGGCAUAUCAUGAGGAUACUUUAAAAAAUUAUGCAACUGGAAGUGUAAGUCAGAUGUUAACCCUAUCUAAGCAUUCAUCUAAUGGAGUUUUAUCUAUAUUUAGAGUUUCUUUACAAAUUGUAUUUCAGGAAAUAUAUGACUUUCAGAUAAAUUUGGCACAAUUUUCAUUAAGGGUGUUAAAUGAUGAAGAUAAUGAAAUUAUGAAUACUGAGAAUGGCCAUGAAAUUUGUGAAAAACACCAUAGUGUAAAUAACUUAAUAUCAAAGUAUGAAUUGGGUAAAGCUAACGAAACUGAGAGUAGUUCAGAGAAUGACUUAGUUUAUUCAAAUAUGCGUGAAUGCCGAUUAAACUUUUAUCUACCCUCUUAUGGUACUGAUAACCCUUUUCCAUCUAAGUGCCAAUCUCAGUGGUCUACCUGUGGAAGGAAAAAUCUGAAGAUACUUAAAUGGGAAAACAUUGGAAUGAUCCCAUUUAGAGGAACAAUACAUGAACUAGAAAGGAACCAGUUACAUUUCACAUUACAAGUGAACCCAGAUAAAAGUAAAUUCAUCACUCUAAAGUCACCAAGUAGCUAUAGUGGAGUACUAAACUUGAAAAAUAUUAUACAUUAUCCAUAUGUACAGGCUAAAAUUGAUUUUUUAGAUGGUGAAGUUGGUAUAUUAGAGGGUAAGAUAGAAUUUGGAAAUAUUCCAAAAUAUCAACAGCUUGGGAAUAUCUUAGAGAUUGACGAUGAAUCCAAAUUAUAUUUAAUUGUAAAGAUACUACGAAUAGAUAAUUUAAUGAGUAGUUUGUCUGAUAGUUAUAUAUUACAGGAUAAAGAAGAAGAAAGUAUAGAUGUAUAUGUACAAGUAACAUUUGACGGAAAUAAAAAGGAAACACCAAUUAUUUCAGGUUCACUACAUCCUUUAUUUCAAAGUGAGCUCACUUUUGUUUUAGAUGUAAUUUCUCCAACUCCUCAGUUGUCUAAAAUGAGUGAAGAUGACUUAAUAAAGCUACUUGAAAGUAAGGGGCCAAUUUUGUUGGAUGUAUGGAGAAAAACGAAAUCUGUAAUCAAUGAACAUUUAGGCUGGGCAGAAAUCAAUUGGAAGGAUAUAUUGAUGAAAAAUAAGACUACAGAAUACCUAAUAGAGUCAAAAUACCAGAAUUUAUCAGUUAAAGAGCCUUCAGAAUACAAUAUGAUUAACACUUCUUCUACUUUCAGAAGACUUGAAUAUCGCAAAUUUUAUGAUCGAACUCUAGGUAAGGAAGUAGUUUAUGAAACAAGGGUAUAUCAGGGCUGUUCAGAAUUAUAUAAUCUUGGUACAAGACCAGCAGAGUCAGACUUUAGUUCAUAUCGUCAUUUACUGCUAACUUCACCUGCAGUGCCAAAAGUAUACGUUGAAAUAUGGACUAAGCCAGACUUCAGUAUUUUACCUUGUAUACAAAUAUCAUUGGAUGGGACUGUAUCACAAAAUCUGCAGAAUAGAUUAAAGCAAAUCGUAGAAUUGUCAGAUAUUGGAAUAUCAUUAAGGCAACAAUUGCAAAUAAGAUCCAAUAUUUAUUAUUGGGAAAGUCUAACAAAGCGUUUAGAAGCAUGGGGUCGCCAAUUUUCAUAUUAUGGAAUUGAUUCAAGAGGGGUUAAGCAUUUAUUACCAUCAUUUAUUCAACCACUAAAACCAUUGCCUGGUAUUACAAAUGCAUCAAAAGUACAUCAUUUUAUUCAUGCAUUUCCAUUUCUACCAAGUAGCAAUAAUUCAGUAUGGAGAACACCAGAUUUAUUUCUGUUAUCAAGACAGGGAACACAGUUUGAUCAUGCAUUAUUGCAUGUUUGUCUUUUAAUUGGAUUAAAUAAGGUAGCAUUUUUAGCCUGUGGAACCCUAUGGAAUAGAGAUAAGUAUACAUGGGUUAUAACUAUGCACUAUGAGUAUAAUGAAACAAAAUCAAAUGUGGGGUCCCCAACUGGGGAAAUAAAUGAAAAUCUUAAAAAUUUAAAAAAAACAACAAAUUCAGCAAAAAAGUCACCAAAAACUUCUUCAAAUAGCAUUUCUCAAAGGGGAUUAAAAUUUUAUGCUUUGUUUUGGGAUACAGUUAAACAUGUUGUAUAUAGAUUAGAUAAUAUUAUAAAAGAUACAGAGGCAAAUAACUUCUUAAAAUGGUUAAGAGAAGAAGAAUAUGAUCUUUCACUAUUAUCCUUAUCAGCUGAAGAAUUUUUGUUAGCAGAAAAAUUAAAGAACGAAGGCAAUCCUAUAAAUUAUAAACCUAAUUUUUGCUUAAAAGUAACUAAUAGAUUGCCAUAUCGCACCUUAGAUAUUAUUUUUAAUAAUAAAAAUAUAUUUGCAAAUAUUCAGUCAAAUGGUGAUCCAAAUAGAAUAUCAUAUAAUAUAGCUGAUAUAAAUUCAUGGUUCCCUUUUUUCCCAAAGAAAAAUCUUGACUACAAAUCUUUAAUUAAUGAAUCUAUUCCAGUAUACUCUUCAUCUAAUCAAUCAACUUUACAACUUCCAAAUACAAAUUCUCUAGAAAAAAAGUUAAUUAAACCUAUAACUCAGUUAAAUUCACAUAUUUCACCUAACUUUACGUGGCCAGAAAUUAGCCUAGGUUAUAAUCAUGAGAUAAAUUUACAGAACAUUGAUGGAGAAAUUCAUGCAGUAAACGAUAUUAAUCAAGAUAUAAAUAAUGGUAAUAGUAAUGAGAUUGAUAUGUAUUGUAGAGAUAUUAUAGAUGAAAUAAUGAAAUAUGUACAGGUACAAAGAUUUCAGAAAUCACGAACAAUCGGAACUAGAUGGAAAAAUGAUAGUGCAACUGUUGGAUAUUUGAAGCUGGGCUUAAAUUUACUUCACAAAUGGGAAACAUCAGACCCAUAUACUACAGAUUACUACAAAAAUAGGGAAGAUUUUUUGAAUUGGAGAGAUUCUUUAUUAUCAACAUUACCAAAAAAGUGUCGUAUGAAAUAUGCUAUUCUAACAUUCCCUUGUAGCAUACCAAGAUGGAUAGCUCAACAAAUAUGGCUAAAGUGCCCAUUUUUAUCAAAUGAAACUGAUAAGAGAAGCUUUUUUUCAUUGGCUAUUAAUGUAAUUUCCUGGCCUAAUAAUAUAAAAUCUAUACAUAUUAUUAUUCUUGUAAUACAUCCACUAAAACAGGCUCAACUACGUAAAUUGAAAUUAGUUGAAGAUUAUAAAAUUAGAGUUAUUAAUGAAACUGCAGUUUUAAGAAAUACCAAGCUAGAAACAACUUCAGAUAAUAAAGUUUUAUUAAAUAAAAGUAAAAUAAUAAGAGAAGAUCAAGAUGGUGGUAAUAUUACUGAUCAUGAUAUAUUACCACCAUUUCCAUCAUCUGUAAUUAUUGACUCUAAAGAUGAAGAAAAAAAUGUUAGUGAAGUAUCUCAGACGUUGACAUUAGAUCAAGAUGAGGGUCUAAGUAAUAGUGUAAAUAAACAAUAUAAUUUAAAUAAUGGAAAUAUUGGAGAGAACAAAAAAUCCAAUAAUCAGAGUAGGUCAUCAUCACAGUUAUUCUCUGAAGAUGAACCGGAAUUUAAAGUAUUAAAACCUUAA